GUUCACAGUUGAGUGAAAAUUGUGGUACAGAAACUAUGGCAGAGGGUGAGAAUCAAAAGAUAUCAGGUAGCAGAAAACAACUUUCACACUGUAGGGGAAGACACCAAGGACAGUAUGAUCCCAAAUACCAUAAUUUAACCCCUAAGGAAGAAAAAACCAUGAGUAGUGUUUUAAGCCUGAUGAGAUCAUCAGAUGAAAAUCACUUCUAUGAUCAUUUGAACUCGUCAGUAGUGAGUUGGCAAAGAAAUGAUGGCCAAAUAAAAUGUCCAGUAUAUCAAAGAGAGAAUGCAUAUGAAUACAAUCAUAAAACUACAGCAAAUGUAGAUAAAAUUAACAAAUUUGUAACUAUAAUUGGAUUAUCAGAAGCAUAUGAGUUGUACAAUAACUUGACAUCAGCUGUGUGUCUACAAAGAAAAGACAGAAAAAUAAAAAACUCUGAAAAACAAGUAUGCACUCAUGUUGAUAAAACAGUUGGUGUCUCUUCCCCUCUAUAUGAGCAUGCCACUUCCCCACAUAACUCAUCUAAUGCUCCUUUUAAUAAAAUAAAUGGAGUUGGUGUCGAAAUUAAUAUACCUCUUUCUAAUGAAUUUAUUUUUCCAAAAACAACAGAAUGUUAUAGCAAAAGUUUGAAACCUGGAAAAACAUUGAAGUUUUACCUUCCAUUCAGAAUACAAAAUAAUAACUAUAUGGAAUUAAUUCCACUGGAAUUUGAAAAUAAAGAGACAGGGCAUGUAUUUGAAAAUGGAAAAGAUAAACCAGUAACUGAUGAUACUGAAAAGGAAAUAAAUUUGAUAAAAGAAGAAUGUGUCAGUGAGAGGAAAUAUGCUACAGAUCCAUAUCUUAUGGCCUCUGAUGAGAGUUUUACAAUGCAAAAGGAAAUGCUACAUAAUGCCAUGAUGGAACAUUCACAGAGUAAUGAACAACAAAUGGUGGUUUGUGGAUCAGAUGAUCUCAAGAAAAGUGUAGGUAACAAAGUAGAGUCAGAUGGUCCAAUACAUGAAGCCAGCAGCAUAUUUAUGAUUGAGUCUACUGCUGGGAAACAAACAACAUGUGCUGAUAACUGUUAUAGUUUUCACUACAUGCAUAAGCCACAGAAUCCUUGGAAAUUGGAAGAGCAAGUAGGUAGCUUUAUGUUUGGUGCUUACACUAAAAACAAAUUCCCUAUGCAGUCUAGUAUAUGUAUGGAGGAUGAUGUGGACAGUUUUGGUGACCAUAUUCCAAAUCUCUCUAAAACAAAUUUGGUGGCACCAUAUGACUUAAAAACAUUUGACAUUAAAAUAAUUGGACAAGCAAGAGAGCAUGACCAGAAAGCUACACACACAAGCAAAGCAAUCGCAAAACAACUACCAACAUAUUUUGUUUUUAGUGCACAUGAGAUAAAAACGAGUGAAGAACAAAUACAUAGCCAUGUUACAAGAAAAACAAAGAAACGAAACAGAAACACAUAUGAUUCUCAGACAUCUAGAUCAAAUGAACCACAGACAAUAGAUAAUUAUGCUUCCUAUCACCAGAGACCUUCGAUCUGCUUAGAACCAACAACCUGUAUUAAUGACGCAGCAUCUCAGCUGGCAGUAGAGUGUCCUGAUGAUGACAGUGACAUAGAUAAGAAAAAUAAUAUUCAGAAUAUCAAAGCAAAAAGAAAUAAGAUAUUACACCUCCAUGAUUUCCACACAUCUAAUCCACAAUACAAACGAGAAGGGAGAAAGCCAGUUUACUCCUCAAAGGUUUCCAAAGACGACAGGCAUGUGAAUGAUAUUCCUAUAAAAUCUAUUUCUAACACAACAAAACAGCACCAAAUGAAAAGUUUUGAUGAGGUCAAAGACAUAAAUAUGAAUGAAAGUCCAUCUAGUACUGACAAGAAGUCUGAUACUGAUGAAAAAUGUACAGAGGAAAAUUAUAUUUUACAUCAAAAUCACUUUAAGUCAUCCCAUUUGCCAUUUGAGAUAAAUGAGAAGAAACUAAUGUCUUCCUCUGUGGAUCUGCAAGAAGUUCCUAGUGAACAUAAGAUUCUCAUUGAAUCAUUUACCAACACACCUAUUCAACAGUCAGUGGAAAGCCUUGUUAACAAUGCUGACAAGAAAUCAAAUACAGGAUCAGUGAAUUGUUAUCAGAUGCAAGAUAUUAACCAUAAAGAAGCAAAUAAAGUGGAAAGUUUAAGUCACAAUGAUUUUAAUACAACUCAAACACCUCCAAAGGAAGCAAGAAGAUCCACUUCACCAUCUGUAAAGUUCAAGAAUGAUCAACGUGAUCAUAUUUAUCCUAUAGAAAGUAGUUCAUCUUCUGAGGAGCAUGCAGCAGUCAAACAACAAGAAUCAGAGUACUUUCCUGCACAGAAAAGUAAAAUAAAACAUAGUAUUUUCAGUUUAGAAAAUAAACAAUAUGAUGAAAAGGUAGAAAAUGGCAAUGGGAAUGACAAGCUGGUCCUACCACAGAUGCAUGGAUACUUUAGAGAACAGCCGUCCAAUAACAGUGCCAUGAAAAGCUUAGAACGAAUUAAAAUGCUCAGCCAAAUUGAUGCUGAUGAUAUGGCAAACCAAGCUGCUAUUAAAAUGAACAUUGUUCCUAGUCAUGUGCUGAAUGAAAAUCAGCCAGGACCCAUAGUACCCAAAGAUUCACUUUUAAUAUUGAAAAGUAAAGAUGAUUCAGCUAACAUGCAGUCCAAUAAGCAAAGAAAAGUUACAAAAAUAAUUCACAAAAUAUUUUCUCAAAAAAAUAAUAAUGAUGAAUGUAAAGAGAUCUUGGGCCCUGUGGAAGCCAAUGCAGAUACUCAGUCCUUUUCAUCUUCACAUCAACUUGGGAAAGCUGAACAACAGGAGAGAAAUAUAAAGCAAGUAAAUUUCCCAAAUCUGAAACAUGAGGGAAAGACAGCUGAGACAACAACACCUAGGUCAAGUGGAGCUGAAUAUGACAAAUGGAGACUUGCGCAAAGCAGAAAACUUCUGAAGACCCACCACGCUUUAAUAAAAGAAGCACAUGAUAUAGGUCGCUCUGCAUCUGAGACAGGUGGUUCAGAUGGAAGUGAUGGUGAUGACAGGUCCCAGAAGGUCAAAAUUGGACAAUCAACAUGGAAUGAAUGUACACCUGCUGAUUUUUUGUUAUAUUUUCGACGGGGCUUCCGUGAUGAUCAAAUGACACUUAACAACAAGGUGUGUUUCGUUGAGAGAAUGGAUCUAAUAAAGUCAGGUCAAGAUGGUAAUGAGGAGAUGAUAGAUUUAAUGAUCACAUUUCAUCCUUUGGAUUUUUUAGUAAAGCUUGGCUACAGUGCAGAAGAAGCAGCUCUGAUAUCUCAAGAUGAAGAAAUAAAAUGUAGACUUUAUGCAGCUAUUCGAGAGGCAAGGAUCUGGGCCAAUUCAAUCACAAAACCUCAAGCAGCACUUUUAUAUCUAUUGGCACAUAAAGCCAAACCAAAAAUUAUGCGGUAUUAUUUGAGCAUGGUGGAAUCUAUUAUCAAUAGAAGAAUAUUGAAUGCUGUGAAACUGAAUGAAUUGAUUGACUUCCUUGAAUGCUUAGAAGAUGGUGAAAUUGCUCUGAAAGAUGUGUUUGAUGAGAUGGCAGAGAGCGAAGCAGUAGAAGAAAAGAAGAAAACUGAAGAUUUGUACACAGUUUUUCAUCAUAUGGCAGAGGAGGAAGCUAUGAACUGUGGUAGAUAUCCAUUGUCAGCUAAACAAAUAUUUCUUCUACAAACACUGGUUUCAAAAUAUCAUAUAGCACUUCAGGAUCAUUUGGCACUUCUUACUCGUUACAUUGGGCGUGGUCUUAUCAAGAACACAGUACAACUUGAAGCUGCUCUUGUUUAUCUACCACAUGUAGCAAGACACUCUGUAAAUGUCGAGGAAUUUGAACAGUACUGUGGAAUCAAAUCAAGAAGAAAUUAAGAAAGAGUAGCUGCUAUAAAUAAUUAGAGAUAUGGGAGUAAAUGUUUAUUCAUGUACAUAAUUUAUGUAUAUAAUUGUUUUAACAAUACAUGAACAACUUAAUAAAGAAAAGAAACAAGUCUUUGUAAUGCAGAUAAGCUUCACUGUCAUGUCUGUGUAUACUUUAUUUUUACCAUCCAUUAAUUAAAUCUGUUAUCAGCAUACAUUCAUUUUUGAUUGUUUUAUGUUACAUAAAUGUUACUAUGAACAACUAAUAAGAAUUUGAAAUGUACUUGUUUUGGAAUAUAGAUUAAUAAGGCAUUGAACAAAGAGAAA